UUUCGAGGAACAAUAUUCAACAAUAUGAACAGAAGACGAACUAAAUUAGAGUAGAAAUCUGACUUUUUGUUCUCCCUUGGGGAUCCUUUUUCUAGCACGUUACGUUAAGCCCUUGGAAAAACACGUUGGGAAGAGCUACAUAAGUCUAUGUCUUCUGCUUUCUAUCUUUGAAACCGAAACUCAAUGAUGUCGAACUUUUAUGACAAGCUUGUAGUUCCUGUUCUUGCCUGUGAGGAAGGGUCGUGGCCCUGCAACGGACCCGCUGCAUUGGCAACCGCCCUGGCAAUUGUCUGUUUUGCAUGGUGGGCUCAGAAAGUCAUCACCAAAACAAAGCUGCCUCUUCCACCAGGUCCUCCAGGCUUGCCUAUAUUAGGAAACCUUCCUUUUAUCCAACCUGAUUUCCAUCAAUACGCUACUAAACUCUCUCAAAUCUAUGGGCCCAUCAUCAAACUUCAGCUCGGAAGGAAGAUUUGGAUAGUUGUAAGUUCACCUUCAAUUGCCAAAGAAGUCCUCAAAGACCACGAUGUUAUUUUCGCUAACCGUGACACUCCUGCAGCAGCCUUAGUGGACACCUAUGGUGGAUUUGACAUCGUAUGGAGAUCUAAUGGCCCCGAAUUGCACAAGCUGCGUAAGCUAGUUGUUCGUGAAAUUAUGAGCAACAAGAGCCUUGAUGCAUGCUAUGCGCUUCGUCGACGUGAGAUUCGACAGAUGAUCAAGGAUAUUUAUGGAAAGGUUGGUUCAUCCUUUGACCUUAGUGAACAAAUAUUUCUAACCACUAUAAGUGUCAUGAUAAGCAUGCUAUGGGGUGAUUCAUUGAAUGGAGAGGAAAGAAGCAGGCUUGGGAUUGAGUUUAGGAAACGAUUGGAGGAAUUUGUAGAAUUGAUAGGAGCACCUAACGUUUCAGAUCUUUUUCCUGUUCUUGCCGCAUUCGAUUUACAAGGAAUUAAGUCCAAAACGAAGAAGCACUUGUCUUGGUUUUAUGGGAUUUUUGAAUCAGUGAUAGUACACCGAACAAAGGGAAAGAAGAAGGAAGGAAGCAAGGAUUUUUUGGAGCAGUUAUUGGAGCUGAACCAGAGAGGAGAUGAUAAAACCUCAUUAUCCAUGAAAGAGAUGAAGGCUUUGCUUCUGGAUAUGAUUAUCGGCGGUUCGGAUACAACAUCUGCUACAGUGGAGUGGGCAAUGACCGAAUUAUUGCGGCAUCCAGAUAAAAUGAACAGAGUCAUUGAGGAAUUAGAGAAGGUGGUUGGAAAGCAAAACAUUGUGGAAGAGUCUCAUCUUCCUCGAUUGCUUUACUUGGAAGCAGUAGUAAAGGAGACACUCCGAAUCCAUCCAGCUGCUCCCUUGCUCGUGCCUCACAUGCCUGCCACCACUUGCAUUGUUUCCGGAUAUACCAUCCCUAAACAUUCGACAAUCAUAUUUAAUGCAUGGGCAAUACAGAGGGACCCUGAGUUUUGGGAACAUCCUCUUCGUUUUGAGCCUGAGAGAUUCUUGAAAGAAACUGAGAAAGCCAGUUAUCUAGGUAAUGAUUUUCGUUUUUUCCCAUUUGGGUCUGGGAGGAGAAUUUGUGUUGGAAUUCCUCUAGCAGAAAAAAUGGUAACGCACUUGUUGGCUGCCUUGCUGCAUUCCUUUGAAUGGGAAUUGCCUAACGGAGUAAUGCCUGAUAAAGACAAACUUGGAAUAGUCUUAUCGAGAGUGGAACCACUUGUUGUCAUCCCCACUGCACGACUAUCCAAUUCAUUGUCAUAUCAAUAAAUGGAGAAAACAAUCGCAGGUUGGCUGCCUUGCUGCAUUCCUUUGAACGGGAAUUGCCUAAUGGAGUAAUGCCUGAUAUAAAGGACAAACUUGGAAUAGUCUUAUCGAGAGUGGAACGACUUGUUGCCAUCCUCA